UAUAUUCGCUGCAGUUUGAUUGGCAGCCACCUAUCCACCUGUUGGCUUUAUAAGGCUGUUCACAGCAUGGGAGGAGAAGACGAGAAGCCAUUUCCUGAAGUUUCAGAUUUCUGACUGCAAAUCGUUCUUCACAUACUGAUCUGCUGUAUCUGCCCGAGUCUUGCAGGAUUGAAUACAGCUCCUCCACCUCAACCACCUUCGUAGACGUCUCUGAUCUUCAACUUCUGACGAUGCAGGCCUUAAAUGCAGCAGUGCUUGUGCUGGUUCUCAUCUCCGUCGUCUCUCCAUCCUGCGGACAGGUAUGGGGAAGCUGGAGUCAAUGGACUGAGACUGCUAGUGAGUGUAGCGCUCUGUGCGGCGAAGGAACUAAAACUAUCCAUAAAAAAAGAAACUGUGAGGGAGGUUUAUUCUGUAAGCCAAUAUCAGGGGGCACUGCAACGGCUAUUGAAGAGUGCAACAACAAGAGUUGUGCAGGUGUUUGCCGGCAAGGGUGCAUCUCCGACAUCCCCAAUCCCAAAAGCAAUACAUCGUACUACCACUGCGAAAACAACGCCGCCUUACUCGUGCAGUGUCCUACAGCAACGGUGUGGUCCCACUGUUCCAGUAGCUGCCGCUGAAAGAAAACAUGACGCCAUUCAUGAACGAAUAAAUACCUUGUUCGCAUAA